GCUUUUUCCAAUCAUUUUGGACCUCUUCUUUUUUUUUUAUUACCCAUUAGUGUAGUGUCCCUGUCAUGUUGCCUGCCACCUGCAAAUAUCUUACCGGACGUAUUUGGACACAGACACAGCGCCCUCUCGUACAGGCUCGAUGGAAUAGCAGUGGAACCAAUGGCGAGCAAUCACCUGUAACACCCAAUGCAGAAAAAGAAACUGCAACCGGCACACCCCUCGACGGCAUUCUGAGUGUUUUGGGCAACAGCACCACAGCGUCAUCGGAGCAAUCAACGGAUAGCGUUUCCAAUGUGUUGAAUGAAUCUGUACAAAAGCAACGUCAAUCACAAGCAAACGAUGGUGCAGCGGGAGGCAGCAAAUUCGAUAUGCUCAUGUUGAGCUCCUCAUUAACGGGCUUGGGUCAGGUUCCACAUCAAAUUCACAUCAAUGCGACAUUGAACAAUACCAUCAUUACUUUGACCCGUCCCAACGGUGCACCUUUGGUUACAACUUCCGGUGGAUCGGUCGGUUUCAAAAAGGCAGCUCGCAGUGGUUACGAAGCCGCCCAUCAAGCCGCAUUGCAACUGUUGGAGAAGAUGCAUGCCAAAAACUUGCAAGUAAAUACUUUGCAUAUGGUUUUGAAAGGAUUCGGUCCCGGUCGCGAUGCCGCAUUCAAGGCUUUGGUAUCAGGCCACCACUGGAAUGUCAAACGUGUCACAGACGCAACACCCAUGCCUUUCGGCGGAUGCCGACCCAAGAAGGCUAGACGCCUUUAGAUUCUGUUUAUAUGCUUUAGAAAAUAGUAGACCAGUAGCAAAAAGUGACCACCAUUGUUUCGAUUUUAUAUGUAUAAAAAGAUAAAAAAUAGG